CGUUUUACCAAACUGUUAACUUUUUAUAAUUUUUUUCUCCUCCUCUCAACCAAUUUUCUCUACCCUUUCUUUCUCUUAAUCAUCACCUGCAUGCCAAACGCUUGCUGCUCUCAUAAACACUAAUAAAUGAAAAAUGGCUUCUUUCUUGAUUCUUUCUUCUCUUCUCACCUUGUCACCUUCUCUGCACUCUCUUUUUUUCUCUUCUCUCUUUCGCUGCCCACUGAAACAACUCCAAAACCUCAUGCUUUCGCCAGUAUCUUGGUAAAACCACCAUCACUAGUUCUUGUUCUUUGAAAAAAGAAAAUACCCAUCUUGGGAUUAGUGUUUUGGCGCUUGGAUUCUUGUUUUCUUGUGUAAACUCGGAUGCCCAUUUGGUUUUUUUAAUGAUUCUGUUAGUUGAUUUAGUCAAAGCCAUAUAUUGGUGUUUCUUGGCGUCUUCUAACUUGAACUUCAGUUUUCUUGACAUUGUUGCUGAUCUACUUUCAGAUCUUCAAAGAAUUGAUUUUUCUCUGUUUUGGUCAGUUUUCUCGAGUACUUACUUGUUUGGUAGAGUUCUUUGAGCUUUUGAGCUCAAACUUUGUUGUGGGUUUUAGGGUUUUGUUUAUUUAACUUUCUUAGCUGCUACCUUAUUUGUUCUUUGAUUAGAAUUGUAACUGUUUAGAAUCUUUUGGCCCAUUUCCAAAUAAAUGAUGUUGAAUGGUGUUGACAAUCUUUAGCAAUUGUUACCGCCAUGGAGCACAAUCUAGCUUAAAGAUUAGGGUUGCUGAUCUAAUUUUGUUGCUUGAGCUGUAUCAUUAGGUCAGAUUGGUAGCUAUCUGCUUUUUAUGGUAGGUUUUUUUUAGUAGUUCCGCUUGUGGGCAGAUAGUCUUGGGUGUGCUAGGGUUAAUUACUUUAGGACAAUUAUUUACUGCUACAUUCUGUGCUUAGGUUGGAAAUUCUAUGAUCGUAACUAUUUAGGCAUCCACCGAUUAGGGUUUUUUUAAUGGCUAUGUAAUUAGGAUUUUUAGUGGGAUUCUGGUGUUUUAUAAGCAUUAUCUUGGUGCUCUGUGUCAAGAUGACCGGAAGUGGCCACUAUUUUGUGGAAUGGAAAGAGCAAUUUGUUUCGCAGGAGAGGGGGAACCGUGUGGUUCACUACUUCUUGAAGGAUUCUGCUGGAGAAUCUAUCCUUGCAGUUGUGGGUACUGAGAGGAGUGUUAGGCAUAUGUUCUAUGUUGUUGCUGAGGAAUUUGUUCAGGCUUAUGGUACAGAACAUUCAAUUCAUGCUGGUUUCAAAUGGAGGUCAAGAAGGGAGGUUGUAGAUUGGCUUACUUCUAUGCUAUCAAAGCAGCACCUACAGGGUGAUCGGUCCAAAUCCCCAAAACAUGAUCUAACACAAGUUUUGGAAUCUCCCGAGUAUUCCAUGAAUGGACUUGGCCAUCAACAGACACAGGGCCGUCUUUCUAGAAACUUGAGUGGACAUAAUUCGGACAUCAUCUGGUCAGGCAUUGCAUGGGCAUGUGGCAAACAGCUCAAACAUUAUCCAGCUUUCUGCAGAAAUGGAAUUACAAUAGCAAUCCAAUCCUUUGUUUUUGUUAUGGCUAAAGGAGAGAAUCAUUAUCUUGCUUAUUUGGAGGAUAUGUAUGAAGACAAGAGGGGACAGAAGAAAGUCAAAGUCAGGUGGUUUCAUCAUAACCAGGAAGUCAAGGGUGUGGUUCCUUUAAGAAAUGCUCACCCAAUGGAGGUUUUCAUUACCCCUUAUUCACAGGUUAUUAGUGCAGAGUGUGUUGAUGGUCCUGCAAUUGUCUUAACUCGUGAGCAUUAUGAGGAAUGCCUAGCUGCUUUUCCUGAUGCUUUAUCAACUAGAAUACAUUUGUGCUUUAGGCAGUUCAGAAGCAAUAAAAUAAAGCCUUUUGAUUUGAGUAAAUUGCGUGGGUACUUCGAUCAGCCAAUUCUCUCUUGUUUGAAUUCCAAGUCGUUGCCUGGGGUUGACUCAAUAAGCUAUGGCCUCACUGGUGAAGAAGAUGAAGAAUUUAGCCCAGAUGACAAUGUGAAGUUGGGAGCCAAGAGGACCAGAAGCGGCAAGAGUGAAACAUUUGUGACAGGUCAUUCAGGAAUUGGCAUUUCUGGUAAUCAGAUGAUGUCUUUUGGGCCUUCAUAUCUGAACAUAAGAUUUGGUAUAUCAGGCAAGAGAUUGCUUCCCCUCAAGAAUGUUGCAUCUCAGCUUCGAUACAGCCCACUGUUUAAGGUUGAUGAAAAGAUUGAACUCUUGUGCCAAGAUAGUGGUAUACGAGGCUGCUGGUUUAGGUGUACCGUCUUGCACGUGUCCCGAAAACAGAUAAAAGUCCAAUAUGAUGAUCUGCGAGAUGAAGACGAGUAUGGCAAUCUUGAGGAAUGGAUCCCAGCUUUCAAAGUGGCGGUACCUGAUAAACUUGGCAUGAGGUUCUCAGGGCGCCCAACAAUUCGACCAGUCCCUCCACAAAAUGAACAAACAGAUCAUGCGCUGGAGAUCGGCUCUGCAGUUGAUGCAUGGUGGAGCGAUGGCUGGUGGGAGGGGGUGGUAACGGGAAUUGAUAGCAGCACUGAUGAUAUUCUGCAAGUUUACUUUCCUGGUGAAAGCUUCUUCUUGAGCGUGCAUAAAAAGGACCUAAGAAUUUCCAGAGAUUGGAUGGGCAAUCAAUGGAUUGAUAUUCAGGCAAAACCUGACAUACUCCCAGCCAUAUCUGCAGCCAUCAGCCCAGGCACUAAAACGUCCAUGUCUCCAGCUAUUGCCAAGGACUUGAAGUCUGAUGGUCAUGCUAUUUCCUGUAAUGAAGGUCCAGCUAGUGCUGAACUCGAUAGUAUUGAAGAGAAAAAGGCUGACACAGCAACAUUAGCCAGUACUGAUAGCAUUCCGGAAAAUAUGGACUGUGAUGAUGAUAAGAUGCCUCCAUUAUCAGAUGACAAGGCUGAUGAGGAUGGUGGUAAUGACAUUAAUGUUGACCACGAUAAAGUAGAUAAAAUUGACAGUAAUGAUGAAGAUCAGGUUGACGGUGAUAUUAAGGGCAAAGAUGACAAGUUAGAUAUAGAGGUGUUUGAUGCUUCUGAUAAGAACUGUAAAGCUGUGGAACUGAUGGAAGUGACAGCAUAAGUGACAGCUCGUAUGAGAUCAUCUCAAGAUGUUCUUGAUGCCUUUGUAUAUAUUAACCUGAGAAUUGGAGAAACUUGUUGCACUUCAUUUUGGUUGGGUAUUUUAUAGAUGUACAGAAAUCAUAUUAGAUUUUAUCUGGUGUAACUGGUAUGAGAAUUGGGAUUGGCAAUUUCAAUUCCCUUGGUUAGAAGCCCCCAAUUGAGGCGGAUCUCCUAAAGUGGUUCCUCACUUGAUGUGCUUCUUGCUUGUAAGUUGUGCUCUCAUAAUAUUAAAAGUUAUAUAUAUACAGGACUCCUUUGAA